AUGGACAACCAGCUAAUGACCACAGCCAACAAGACGGUGGAAACAAUAGUCUGCUAUGCACCAACCAUGAUAACUACGAAUGGUAUAUGGCAGGGUGAUAAUCCUUUAGAUUACUCUCUCCCUCUUUUCAUCUUGCAGUUAACUUUGGUCGUUGUCACCACUCGCUUGCUUGUUUACAUCCUCAAACCACUUCGACAACCUCGUGUUAUCUCGGAGAUCUUGGGAGGAGUGAUAUUGGGCCCAUCGGUACUUGGGCGCAGCAAAGCAUUUGCCAACACUAUAUUCCCUCUACGAAGUGUGAUGGUGCUAGAAACAAUGGCAAAUAUGGGUCUCCUCUACUUCCUCUUCCUGGUUGGAGUAGAGAUGGACAUUUCAGUAAUCAAAAGAACUGGGAAAAAAGCCAUAGCCAUAGCCAUUGGGGGAAUGAUCUUUCCCUUCUUUAUCGGCCUAGCGUUCUCUUUUGCUCUGCACAAGGAUUCACAAAGCUUGAACCAAGGAACUUUCGUACUUUUCCUUGGUGUUGCCCUCUCUGUCACUGCAUUCCCUGUACUUGCAAGAGUUCUGGCAGAGAUCAAACUUAUCAACACGGAGAUUGGUAGGAUUGCCAUGUCUGCAGCUCUUAUCAAUGACAUUUGUGCUUGGAUUCUGUUGGCUUUAGCUAUCACCUUGGCUGAGAAUAAAAGUACUCCCUUGGCUACCCUGUGGGUGAUACUUUCUAGUUUUACAUUUGUUCUUAUCUGUAUCUAUGUUAUUCGACCAGUCAUCUCAUGGAUGAUUAGUUCAACUCCGGAGGGAGAAACCAUCAGUGAGUUCUACAUUUGUCUCAUUCUCACUGGAGUAAUGAUCUCAGGAUUCAUUACAGAUGCCAUUGGAACACAUUCUGUCUUUGGAGCUUUUGUAUUUGGGCUGAUUAUUCCAAAUGGACCUCUUGGAGUUACUCUGAUAGAGAAGCUUGAAGACUUUGUUUCAGGGCUUCUGCUUCCUAUCUUUUUUGCUAUGAGUGGGCUCAAGACUGAUAUAGGGGCUAUUAAUGGAGUCACAACAUGGUUAAUUCUAAUACUAGUCAUAAUUAUUGGAUUUGCUGGUAAAGUUGUCGGUACUGUGCUCGCUUCAAUGCUCUACCAAAUGCCUCUCCUUGAAGGGAUUACUCUUGGUUUUCUCAUGAACUCCAAAGGCCUUGUUGAAAUGAUUGUCCUCAAUGUUGGCAGGGAACAGAAGGUCUUGGAUGAUGAGUCCUUUGCAAUGAUGGUGAUUGUAGCAGUGAUUAUGACCGCAAUCAUCAUCCCCUCUGUAACAGCCAUAUACAGGCCAGAGAAGAGGUUCCUACCUUACACACGAAGAACAAUUCAGAGGUCAAAACGAGAUGCAGAGUUUAGGGCAUUAGCAUGCGUACACACUCCUCGCAACGUCCCAACAAUCAUUAACCUCUUGGAAGCCUCCCACCCAAAUAAAAGGUCCCCCAUGUGUGUCUACGUGGUCCACCUAGUUGAACUCACUGGUCGCGCCUCGGCCAUGCUUAUAGUUCAUAAUACUAGAAAAUCUGGCCACCCAGCCCUCAACCGCACCCAAGCUCAAUCUGAUCACAUCAUCAACGCAUUCGACAACUAUGAACAAAAUGCAGUCUGUGUCUCUGUGCAACCCCUGACUGCCAUUUCCCCUUAUUCCACCAUGCAUGUAGACAUAUGUAACUUGGCUGAGGACAAACGGGUUGCUUUAAUUAUCCUCCCUUUCCACAAACAGCAAACAGUUGAUGGUGGAAUGGAGGCCACCAACCCAGCUAUCCGAAUGGUGAACCAAAAUGUAUUAGCCAAUGCACCCUGCUCAGUUGGGAUUCUCGUAGACAGAGGGCUAAGUGGGUCUACUCGUUUAGCCUCGAACCAGGCAGCUCACCAUGUAGCUGUACUAUACUUUGGGGGCCCAGAUGACAGAGAGGCGCUAUCAUAUGCAUGGAGGAUGUCUGAGCAUCCAACAAUUAACCUCACCGUGAUGAGGUUCGUUCCAGGAGAGGAUGCAAAAGCACUUGACAACCCUGGGAUGCUCAGUGUGGAAACAGAAAAUCUAAAAGAGAAGCAGCUUGAUGAAGACCAUGUUAACGAAUUCAGGACCCAGACUGCUCAUAAUGGUUCUAUAUUUUACAAUGAAAUAGUGGUCAGCAAUGGUGAGGAAACAGUGGCAGCAAUAAGGUCAAUGGACAAUCAUCACGACUUGUUCAUAGUGGGUAGAGGACAAGGGAUGAUAUCACCACUUACGGCAGGUCUUACUGAUUGGAGUGAAUGCCCAGAGCUUGGUGCGAUUGGCGAUUUGCUAGCAUCAUCAGAUUUUGCAGCAACAGUUUCAGUUCUGGUGUUACAACAGUAUGUGGGGUUAGAGCCAGAUGGGGAGGAGUUAGGAACACCUGAUAGCCCUGCUCAACUAGAGGAACCGUACAGCAGUGUACAGAUGGCAAAUAGGUCAACGAGGCUCCCUGUUUUUAGCGCAUAACCCCAAACACCACCAUUCUUAGCAAUGCAUCACGGGUUUCUCUAAAUGAAAUAGAGUCAGAAAAUAUAAUCUGGAUUACAGUUUGUGAAAACUCUGCCAGGUAUAGUUUGAAAGUCUCUUACUUAGCCUUGAAUUCAACUUUUAGG